GUAAAGUUCUGAACUCUGACCUGAAACACUACCUCAGCCUGCAGUUCCAGAAAGGCUCUCUGGACCACAAGCUGCAGCAGGUGAUCCGGGACAACCUGUACCUGCGCACCAUCCCCUGUACCACUCGGCAGCCCAGAGAGGGGGAGGUUCCCGGAGUGGACUACAACUUCAUCAACGUGGGGGAGUUCAGGGAUCUGGAGGAGAGCGGCCUGCUGCUGGAGAGCGGCACGUAUGAUGGUAUGACCCAAUAA